AUGGCUCCAGCCUCGGAUGCUUUCGCCAACUUUGCCUCGCAACUGCCCAAGGGACCCCGAGAGACAUGGCCGAAUGAUGAUCGGGGACCUUCGAUACAGGCCAUUCAGAUUCUGCUGAUCAUCUUCGCCUCCAGUGCUGUGGCCUUGAGAUUCACUGCGAGACGACUGAGCAGCUUCGGGUUAUGGUGGGACGACUGGACAAUCUUGGCUGCGUUGGGACUUUCGCUGGCUGUCAAUGUCGCCAACCUUGUUGGGGUCUCGCAGGGCCUUGGAAAGCACAUCUGGAACGUGAAUGACCUCGGCAAAUCGUAUCUGCGGACUCUCUUCGCCACAGAGCUCAUAUUCAACACGGCAUUGGCAUUGAACAAGCUUGGAGUUUUGUUCAUGUACCAUCGCCUGUUCGAAGUCGAGCGGAAGAUCACGAUUGCGGUCAAGGUCUUAGCGAGCAUUGUUAUCGCCUGGUGGGUAGCUGUGGAAGUUACAACUUUGCUGCAAUGUCGUCCCAUUCACAUAUUCUGGAACUAUUCACUGGAGGGGAAAUGCAUUGACAUCGUAACGUUCUUCGAAGGCUCGGCGAUACCGAAUGCCAUUAUCGACAUCGCGAUCCUGCUCUUACCACAGCAGAUCAUCUGGAAGCUUAGAUUGAGCAGAGGUAACAGGAUAGCACUUUGUGGGAUCUUUCUGCUUGGAGCUUUUACGUCAGCCAGCUCAAUCGGACGCCUGGUGGCCAUCAUCAGGUUCCACAACGGCAUCGACUUCACCUUCAAGGCUUUCGAUGCCAUUGUUUGGUACUCACUGGAGCCAGCAGUUGGCAUCAUUUGCGCUUGCUUACCAUGUCUUGGACCAUUACUGCGAAAUCUCCCCGGCUCGCCCUUCGCCAGCCACGGCUCCAAUUCAGCGUCGAAUCCUCCUUCGAAUACCAUCAGUGGCCAAGCGGCACCUCGUGCACAUCGACAUCUGGACACAGACACUGCCAGCAUCACGAAGCUUACUACUGAUUACUCGUCGAAGACUUCGAUGUAUGGCCCCACUAGCGACGGCAUGGACGACUUUAUACACCAUCUCGAUGCAGAGGAGGGUCAUGAGAUGACCGCAAUACCCGCAAAUAGCACUACGCAGGCGCGCUUGCCUAUAUCUUCGUAG